UCUCCAGGAAAGUGGGCAAGCGCAGCCCCAGCCCUUGGCCCCCGCCCAGGCCGGUCCCCGGGCGUGGCGGCGUCCCCGCGGGACCUCGGGCGCCUCUCAGUCGUCACCCUCCCGGGCUCCCUGGGCGGCCUCGCGGGCGGGCGCGCGGGGACCGGAGGAAAAAACUCGGGGACGCAGAGCCGGGCGUGAGGGCAGGACCAGGGGCCAGCUGGGCCCUCGGGCUCUGGGGACCGCCGCGCGGGAGGCGGCACGUCCUGCGCGGGCGGGUGGGGUGCGCAGGCUCCGCAGCUGUUUGGAACGCUCCGCGGUUUGCAGCACUUGCAGCUGCUCCGCUUACAGAGCUGUCCCUGGGCCCAGGUCUGGGGCGAAAAUGCCAGCCCUUCACAUCGAAGAUUUGUCCGAGAAGGAAAAGCUGAAGAUGGAAGUCGAGCAACUUCGCAAAGAAGUGAAGUUGCAGAGACAGCAGGUGUCUAAAUGUUCUGAAGAAAUAAAGAACUACAUUGAAGAACGUUCUGGAGAGGAUCCUCUGGUGAAAGGAAUUCCUGAAGACAAAAAUCCCUUUAAAGAGAAAGGCAGCUGUAUUAUUUCAUAAAUAACUCUCAGAGAAACUUUGUCCUCAGUGGAAGAACUAGUUUGUUUUAGUUUUCCAAAAUAAAACCAACAUGCCUUUUAAAGAAGGAAAACAAAAUUAAAAGGAGACUUUUUUAAAACACAUAUAGAUAUGGUUAUGUAUAAAAACUAUGUGCUUCUCAUCUUUGCUCACCACACACCCUUUUUAAGAGGGCAGAGAGUAUCAAAUGUACAAUUAUGGAAAUAAAGAUAUUACUUGUGCAUGACUCACCUCUUUCAGUAUAUUGCUUGAUGCCUCAAAUAAAGUUUUAUCAUUGGAAAAUGCA